UGACGGAGUGACUUCCUGCUAGAACUUCCGGGUCGGUAGCAGCAGCUAUGCAGAGGACUGCAUGUGUUUUGAAUGUCUCUUGUAUCACAACACGCAGUUAAUCUUUAAAUACAAGCUUACAACUGCGGAGGUGUUUUUUCUUUUUCUUUUUUGCAAAAUAGUAGAGACGUUAUGAAUCCGGUGUUUCGAAAGUUGCAGAUGUCUGUCGCCCAGCAGGCACGUGUGGUAAAUCAAGCACUGACAUUAUGCCGGGCCACGCCUUGUAUCCAGCAUCCUGUUUGGGCGUCUGUGACCAAAAGAGAACAUAGAUCCAUGCCGACACACGGGAUCGGGCGGUGGAGACACCUUUUAGCCAAAGGACCGGCAAAGAAAAGGAAAGAGAGACUCAAGAUGAAGCCGAUCCUGCCGGCGACCGACUCGGCGUAUGGGUCUCUGAACUUCACAAUGUCGGGUUAUGACAUGACGCUGGUGGAGCAUUACUCCCAGUACAUCCACAACCUCUGCAACCGACUCGGCAUCAAAGUAUCAGAGAGUUACGCUUUGCCAACCAAGAGCACAGAAGUUAUGUUGAUGCUGGACCAGAGCACCAAGAUGACCGUAGAAGCCGUGCUGAAAACUCACCUGAGAGUCAUCCAGGUGAGCAGCCUGGAAACCACGCUGUGUCCGGUGUUCAUGGAGGUUCUCCUCAAGAAUCAACCUGAAGGAGUUCAGCUCUCUGUAAUAGAGCACACAGAGGCUGAGUUCGAGGCACGCUUCAAGAAACGUCCAGAACUGGAGGGGCUCUUGUCUCAGAUGAACCAAUAGAAACUGGACCAGAGAAGAUACUUUGUUUAUUUAUUUUCUGUUGUUGGAGAUGUUCACCUACAUUUCAAAUAAAUGUACACAUUCAUAAUCAAUA